AUGAGUGAUCCAGAACCCUGCAGAAUUAAACAGGAAGAGACUGAAGAACUAAUAGAUGUGAUUGUGAAGGAGGAGAGCGAAGAACUGAGUGAAGAUGAGGAGAAACAUCAUGUCAAGACUGAAACCAAAACCGAAGAUAAGACUGAACAAAGUGUUUCAAUGGAAGAAACAGUUGUUAAAGGUUUCACCUGCACUCAGUGUGGAAAGAGAUUAAGCUCUAAAUACAAUCUGAAGAUUCACAUGAGGAUCCACACUGGAGAGAAACCUUACAAGUGUUCACUCUGCGAGAAGAGAUUCAACCGUUCAGGAAACCUGAGAACCCACAAGAGGAUUCACACUGGAGAUAAACCGUACAAGUGUUCACACUGCGACAUGAGAUUCAAUCGUCCAGAAAACCUCAAAACACACCUGCUGCUCCACACUGGGGAGAAAACACACACAUGUGAUCAAUGCGGCAAAACAUUUUUAAGGUCUUCAGGGCUGAAGAAUCAUCUUCGACUUCAUACAAUUGAGAAGCUUUAUCCGUGCUCUGAGUGUGGAAAGAGUUUUAGAACGCAGUCAAGUUUAAGAAAACAUCAGAAGCUCCACACUGCUGUGAAAGAGUUUUUCUGCUUUGAGUGUGGGAAGGCUUUUACUAGAGCUAAAUACUUGAGACAGCACCAGAGGGUUCACACUGGAGAGAAACCGUACAAGUGUUCACACUGCAACAAGAGAUUCCGACUGUCUGGUACCCUUAAACAUCACAAAAUGAUUCACACCGGAGAGAAACCGUACACAUGUACUCAAUGUGGGAAGAGUUUCACACAAACAUCAAGCCUUAAUGAACACAAGAAGAUCCACAUUGGAGAGAAAAAACACAAGUGUGAUCAGUGCGGCAAAACAUUUUUGAGGCCCUCAGAGCUGAGGAUCCACCUUAGAGUUCACACAAACGAGAGGCUUUAUUCAUGUUCAGAGUGUGGGAAGAGUUUUUCACAGCAGUCACAUCUAAAAGACCAUCUGAAGAUCCACACUGGUGUGAGAGAGUAUGUCUGCUUUGACUGUGGGAAGAGUUUCAUUACAAACGGAGGCUUAAAAAAACACCAGAUGAUCCACACUGGAGAGAAGCCGUACGUGUGUUCACACUGCAACAAAACUUUCAGACAAUCAGGAUUGCUGAAAACGCACGAGAGGACUCACACUGGAGAGAAACCGUACACGUGUACUCAGUGUGGGCAAAGUUUCACACGAUUAGCAAACCUUAAUAAACAUGUGCUGAACCACACUAGAGAGACAAAUCACAAAUUUAAAAAGCACAAGAGAAUGUACCUUCCUGAAAACUCUACUCUGUAUUCACGAACGCCAGAUUUCUCAGUUAAAGAGCCCCUGUUAUGCAUUAUUAAAGGUAAUUGUUUGGUUUUAGGGUCUCCAACAACAGGUUGCUCCCACGCUGGCGUGAUUCCCUGCUCUGAUUGGCUGCUGGUCUACAAGGCCUGUAUAAAACGGAGCUUCCGGCAGGAAUCGGAGAGCUCAUUUCUGCUGCGUUCGGUGUUUGGAGUGGAGCUCCUGGGUUUCCCUCACCCCUUCGGCCGACGACCAACAAUAAUCACCUUUACCAUCAGUGAAAGACAAAGACAGAGUUUAUUGAAGAUGAGUAAUCCAGAACCCUGCAGAAUUAAACAGGAAGAGACUGAAGAACUAAUAGAUGUGAAGGUGAAGGAGGAGAGUGAAGAACUGAGUGAAGAUGAGAAGAAACAUCAUGUCAAGAGGGAAGAAGAAACUCAAUCAGAGACUGAAGAUAGUAUUUCGGUGGAAAGAACAGCUGUGAAAUGUUUCACCUGCACUCAGUGUGGAAAGAGUUUAACCUCUAAAUAUGAUCUCAAUCGUCACAUGAGGAUCCACACUGGAGAAAAACCCUUCAAGUGUUCACACUGCGACAAGAGAUUCAAUCAUUUAGGAAACCUGAAUGCACAUCUGCUGAUCCACACAGGAGAGAAAACACACAGAUGUGAUCAGUGCGGCAAAACAUUUUUGAGGCCUUCAGAGCUGAGGAGCCAUCUCAGAGUUCAUACAAACGAGAGGCCUUAUCCGUGCUCUGAGUGUGGGAAGAGUUUUAGAAAUUGGUCAAAUUUAAACACACAUCAGAAGAUCCACACUGGCGUAAAAGAGUUUGUGUGCUCUGAGUGUAAGAAGACCUUUACUACAUCUCAUCUAUUGAAACGGCACCAGAGGAUUCACACCGGAGAGAAACCGUACAAGUGUUCGCACUGCGACAAGAGAUUCAGACUGACUGGUACUCUAAAAAAUCACAAAAUGACUCACAGUGGAAAUAAACCACACAAAUGUGCUCAGUGCGACAAAACAUUUUUGAGGCCUUCAGAGCUGACGAACCACUUUCGACUUCACACAAACGAGAGGCCGUAUUCAUGCUCUGAGUGUGGAAAGAGUUUUAAACUGCUGUCACAUUUAAAAAGCCAUCAGAAGAUCCACACUGGUGUGAGGGACUUUGUGUGUUCUGAGUGUGGGAAGACUUUUAUUCAAGCUGGAGACUUGAGACGACACCAGAGGACCCACACUGGAGAGAAACCGUACAAGUGUUCACACUGCGACAGAACAUUCAGAGUUUCAGGACACCUGAAAAUACAUGAGAGAGAUCACACCGGGGAGAAACCGUACACUUGUACUCAGUGUGGGAAAGGUUUCACUCAAUUAUCAACCCUUAAUAAACACGUGCUGAUCCACACUAGAGAGAAAAACCACAAACCAGAACCCUGCAGAAUUAAACAGGAAGAGACUGAAGAAAUAAUAGAAGUGGUGGUGAAGGAGGAGAGCGAAGAUCUGAGUGAAGAUGAGGAGAAACAUCAUGUCCAAAGUGAAAGUGAAACUCAGUUGGAGAUUGAAAAUAGUUUUUCAGUGAAAACAGCAUCCAGGAAUGGUUUCACCUGCACUCAGUGUGGAAAGAGUUUCAGUCAGAAAUGUGAUCUCAAUCGUCAUAUGAAGAUCCACACUGGAGAGAAAACACACAAGUGUGAUCAGUGCAGUAAAACAUUUUUGAGGGCUUCAGGGCUGAAGAUCCAUCUUAGAGUUCAUUCAAAUGAGAAGCCCUAUUUAUGUUCUGAGUGUGGGAAGGGUUUUACACAGCAGUCAAAUUUAACAGCACAUCAGAAGAUCCACACUGGCGUGAGAGAGUUUGUCUGCUUUAAGUGUGAGAAGGGUUUUAUUACAGCUCAUCAUUUAAAACAGCACAUGAGGAUUCACACUGGAGAGAAACCGUACAAGUGUUCACUCUGCGACAAGAGAUUCAAGCGGUUACAAAUAUUGAAAACACACGAGAUGAUUCACACUGGAGAGAAACCGUACAAGUGUACUCAAUGUGGGAAGAGUUUCAGACAGUUUUCAAACUUUAAUGAACACACGCAGCGACACACUGGAGAGAAAAAUCACAAGUGUGAUCAGUGCAGCAAAACAUUUCUGAGGCCUUCAGAGCUGAAGAUCCAUCUCAGAUUUCAUACAAACGAGAAGCUUUAUUCCUGUUCGGAGUGUGGAAAAUGUUUUACACAGCAGUCAAGUUUAAAUGCACAUCAGAAGAUCCACACUGGCGUGAGAGAGUUUGUGUGCUUUAAGUGUGGGAAGAGUUUUAUUACAGCUGGGGACUUGAGACGACACCAGCUGAUUCACACUGAAGAGAAGCCGUACAAGUGUUCACACUGCGACAAGACGUUCAGAGAUUCAGGAUACCUAAAAAAACACGAGAGGAUUCACACCGGAGAGAAACCGUUCACAUGUACUCAGUGUGGGAUGAGUUUUGGACAAUCAUCAAACCUUAAGAAACACGCGCUGAUCCACACUGGAGAGAAAACACACAAAUUAAACAAAAAGAAAAACAAUUUUGAGGGCUGCAGAGCUGAAGAAACAUCUGAGAGUUCAUACAAAGGGGCUUUAACAGAGAGUUAUAAUUUCCCUACCUGAAAACUCAACUUUAUAUUCACAAGCACCAGAUUUCACAGUUAAAGUGCCCUUAUUAUGCAUUAUCAAAGCUCCUGUUUUGGUUUUGGGGUCUCCAACAACAGGCCGAUGCUCAUGCAAGUUUAAAGAACACUUUGUCUUAUAGUAUGUUUUGUUACCUAAUGAUCCCGAUGACUCUCAUGUGAUUUGUUCAGUGGUUCAUUAUUACCAAACCCUUCCUUUGUGUGAUGCUAAUCUGGAGUGAUUGGUUUGAUGACCCAGUCUGUUGUGAUUGGUCGACUGUGUUCAGUGUGAGACUGAUAGGAAACGCCCACCACAGCUUAUCAACAGUGUUGAAGCAACAAGCACCCAGUGUUGUUCUUGACAGCCGUUUUAACGUUUAAUUUAAGCUAAAAUUUCUACCACCUAAAAGUCUACCAUUUUAAUUCAACUUUUAAAGCACGUUUUAAUUAAAAUGUUGACAUAUU